CUGCAGGUGUAUAUAACACGGGGAGGCUAAUGUGCCAGUGUGUGUGCCAGUCAGCCUGGCUGCCCAGCUGAGGAUGUGAGUGUAUAGCAGGCGCUACGGUGGAUGCGGUGGAAGCGUGUGUGGCUGACGUGAUAAGUUUCCCAUUGUCUCCUUCCGCCAGGAAGGCUUUUUCGUGAGGAAGGCAAAUCAGGAAGUCCCCCUUUCCCGUGCUCUGUCACAGUGAAAUAUGAAUUGGACACGGCUGAAACGCACAGCUCCCUGCAAGCCUUUCUGCUGCUUCCAAUCUGCUGGUGAAACAUUAACUGCGGCUGUCUGUCCCACAUGGCUCUCUCCCCAUCAAGCCCCACAAACCUGAGGCUCGCCUAAUUCCCAUGCAAUGCCCCUGGGCUCCUGCUGGGGUGCAGCUACCUUGCAUUGUGGGGGCGCCGAGUGAACUUGCGGGCGUCUGAGCCAAACUGGAGUUCUACCGGCCGGGCACCAUCCUCUUUGCUUCACUUUGGAUUAUUGGACAGUUGCCAUUUAAUGCCAUGGAAAAUGCAAGUCCCCUAUAUUUGAAGAUUUGGAUAUGGGUGUGACUGGUCUACUUACUCUGCUAUCAAUGUUGUUCGUUAGUGUGAAGCUCGUUACAUGCGCCCCCUACAAGCCUGUCUGUGACAAAACAGUGGUGGACAUGUUCAUUAAAGAGGCCAGAGAAGCAGAAACAGCGAUGGAUUCCUGCAAUAUUAUCUGUCAAUUUCCUGAGGAUAUCAUGGUCCCUGAAACAAAACUGAACCUCGGAGAAUGGAAUAAAUUACAUACAUCCCAGCAGGCGGCAGAGGUUUGGAACGGUCUCAUCUUAUUUACAAAAGCCGUCCCAAGGAUUGCUGAUUUCAUCUCAGAUGCCAGCUUAAAGUUCCAAGUAGAAAAAAUCCACGGCGACGUCCGCAGCGUUGUACAUUUAUUUAAGAGCCUCAACUUGCAGGAUGAAGCUCAGACAUCCCAGUCAGAAGCAAAGACACUUCCAGUACGGACAUUCAAAAAAUUCUUUUCUGUUUACACUAAUUUUUUACGAGGUAAAUUGAGACUGCUUGUGAUGGCAGUGUGCCACGAGGCAAGCUUAUCUACGUGAGGCUUCCCCCCCACUCCGGAGCAGCCCUACUCAACUCUCCUUCACUCCAAACAACACAUGCAGGACAAUAUAAGGAAACCAAACAUUUUUAUAUCAAGGACUCUUUUUUAUGAUAAACAUUUUUUAUAUAUAUAUGAAUAUUUGUGUAUUGAAGAAGCAAAGAGGAUGACGACUAUAAAAGAGUUUAUAUAUUUUAUAUUAAGUUAAAAUUGUAAAUAUUUCUAUAUUUAUGGAAUAUUUGGGACAAAUAAAUUAAUUUUUUAC